GAAUGUAGUUGUUCUUUUCCUUGCGCGUUCGUACUGCAAAGUAGAAAAUACGACCGCACCCUGGUUAGUUAGUGUGUUCUCGCGUUCGUUUAGUAAUAUUUUUAAUAAUAAAGUUGAUAUUUUGAUUUAAAUAAUUACCUUAUUUUGCGUUCGUCUCGACUACUAUGUCGGUUUAAUUAUCGGUAAUCCGAGUAAUAAUACCUAGAUUAAUUCUAAACGAACUAUUUGUUCGGUAUUAACGUUCGCGGAGUAAUACAAACUGUGACGUCAUCAUCCCAGGAAUUGUUGCAGAGCUAUUUGAGCCAACGAAGAAAGCACACCGGUGUUGAUUUUAGGAGUUGUUUUCGUUUAAAAAUAUUAUAAAAACUGUGUGGUGGUAGUGAAUUGUUUUAAUUCGACGUUACACGGAAUUGUGUUAUUAAUUUAUAUAUAAUUUAAAAUGGCAGAUCAACUAACAGAAGAACAGAUCGCUGAAUUCAAAGAAGCGUUUUCGCUGUUCGAUAAAGACGGCGAUGGAACUAUUACCACUAAAGAAUUAGGCACAGUUAUGAGAUCACUCGGUCAAAAUCCCACCGAAGCCGAACUACAAGAUAUGAUUAAUGAAGUAGACGCCGAUGGAAACGGUACCAUAGACUUUCCGGAAUUUUUAACGAUGAUGGCAAGAAAAAUGAAAGACACAGAUAGUGAAGAAGAAAUCAGGGAGGCUUUCCGAGUUUUCGACAAAGACGGUAACGGUUUUAUCAGCGCAGCCGAGUUGCGACACGUGAUGACAAAUCUCGGUGAAAAACUAACAGACGAAGAAGUCGACGAAAUGAUCAGAGAAGCAGAUAUAGACGGCGAUGGCCAGGUUAAUUAUGAAGAUUUCCAUACUCUUGCUCAAAUCAUUCUCACCCGAACUACCUCGAAUUCGUGACCAUGAUGACAUCUAAGUGAAACCGUCGUACCAACAAAUAUGAAAAAAAUGUUAAAACAAACCUGCAUUUUCUUUGCUUUCCGAAAUGUGAAUACCACACAUUCGAGCUAGUGGAAAGACUCACUUUAUCUAUUUGUUGAACAUUAUUUUUUCUUCAUAAUUUUUUUCGUUUUUUUUUUCUUUUUCGUUUAUAAAAUUUGUUAUAGCUCGUUUAAUUAUUGAAUAAAUUACUACAUCCGGUUUUUUUCUCUCUUUCUAAGUUAUAUAUCGCGGAAUCUUGUAAUAAUUUCUUUGAUUGGGUAAUUUAAAAAUAAAUGUUUCAGAGAAUGAAACCAAUAAAAGGAAUUGGCGUAUUUUUUUUCGGUUUUUUUCUUUUUCAUUUUUUUCUUUCUUUCUUUCUUUGGUAAUCAUUGUUUAUGUAAUGAAAUUUUAAUGAAAGCGUUAUCGCCUGCAUUUGCACUUUUUUCGCCUUAUAAAAUUCGCUACUAUAAGGAAAAAUUUUUCUCGCUGUUUUUACUAUUCUCUCUCUCUAUCUCUCUCUUUCAACAAAAGGAAAAAAAACUAGUAGGUUCACCAGGUUUAUUUUUUCUAUCGAUCGCGAAUGUAAUCCAUUUUUUUUCGUUCUUAUGGUAUUUGGAAGUUGAAAAAAAAAUUCUCAUUUUGUUUCUCUUUUUUUUUCUUUUUUUUUUCGUUUUAACUGUGUUAGUGUUUUAUUUAGGAAACCUAUUCGGUAACACAUUCCUUCAGGUAUUUAAAGUAAAUUCGUGAGUAUAUACUAAAAUGUCUGUGCGAAAUAUGUUUUAUUAUAUACGUCUUUAUCUUUAAAAAAUUUUAAUUAUUGUAAUUUAAAAGACACAUUAAAUGUUUUUUUUUUCUCUUCACUUACUGAUUAUUAUUAAUUUUAUUAUUUUACGUACAUAAUUUUAAAUUUAUUGAUUAUUAUGUUUACUACUAUAUUAUAAUUAUUAUUUAUUGUAAUGUGAUAAAAAAUACACCUUGUUUCAAAAUCAUUCAUAUGCCAGAGUUGUUUUGUGUGUGUGGGACGGAUACGUACGGUAUAUUUUUUUGGUACAAAGCCACGCCACGCCAGCGGCGCCAAGUUAACCAAAAAAAUAUACGUAAAAGAAGUCAGAAAGGGGGGAAGGUGGGAGGGGAUAAAGGAUAAAAGGAGCUUGAAAAAUUAAGAUAAAUGGAAGUAUAAAAGCUCUAUAUUUUUUCAAACAACAACAACCAAAAAAAAAAAAAGAAUGAAAAAAAUGAGAAUCACGGAAGAAUACAAAAUAAUCGACUGAAAUAUACGUUUUUUUUAAAAAAAAAAUAUAUCCAAGAAAAAAGUCUAGUCAUGCCCAAUACCGGUGUACUUUGAAGAAAUUUACGAGAAAUGAAGAUCGGGGCAAAAUGAGAGAAAUCACGACGCGGAUUUCAUUUUCAUUUUAUUCGAUGGAAUAAUAAAUGAAAAACAAAAAAAAAAUGGCCCAAAAGUACGUAAAACACGAAGUUGAAACAACGUUCCGUGUACCGGUAUUGAUUUAUUUUUUUCUUUUUUUUUUCUGUAUCUCGUUCGAACUUGGAAAAAAAAUACCAACUAAGCACAAAAUCGAUGUUUUUCUCGUAUUGGAAUUCGUAAGACGCGGGGGAUUUAUGGAAUUGAUUUGGGCUUGCUCAAAUUUCAGCGUAGGUAGUUUUCUAUUAUGAAAUUCAUUAAUCAUUUUACUAUGGAAGAGUAAAAAAAAAAUACAAGUUUUACCUUUUUUGAUUUUACCUACCUUUCAAAAUAGAGAUCGAUCCGGUUGAAAUUUUUUUUUGUUUUUUUUCGAAGACAUGUUAACGCUGAAAGCUUUUCCAUCUUUAUUUUUUUUUUAAAUUUUAUUAUUUAUUUAUGUUAUCAGAAUGGUUCAGAUCGUUACAUGUGUGUAAAUUUAAGAUUGUUAUAAAGUACUUGAAGAUGAAAAAAAAAAGUUGUAGUCCGUAUUAUACAUACUUCAAAAAUCACCUUUUAAAAUUUUUUUUCGCCUAAUUUUAUUUAUUGGAAAUAUAUAUCAGUUCGCGCUAUUUAAUGUUUACAAUAGAAAUAUUUUAGAAAUAAAAUUUUGAAAUUUGUUGUAAACGUUUUUUUUAUUUUGUUAAAACGUGUAAUCAUGUUGAAAAACCUAGUAAAGCAAAUUUUGUGGAUUGUA